AGUUAUAAACAAAUUCCGAAAUAUCCGGAGUCUUACAGGCUACAGUUUCUACAUGGUUUCUACUUUCGUGCAAUGUGAAUUAAGAAAUAAAUGCAAACAUGUUCAACAAGUUGUUUCAGCGUGCUUUCGAUCGUACCUUAAAAUUCCGACUUAAGAAAAACUAUCCGACCAACAUAUACGAUUUAUCAAGAGGAUCCGCUAUAGAAGUAAGAAGACCAUACAGUGAUGAAGUUCGAAAAGCUCAAGCACAAAGCGUGGCUACGCCGGGACCAACGAUAUUCGACAAAAUAAUCUCCAAGGAAAUAAAGGCAGACAUUAUUUAUGAAGACGAGUUCUGCCUCGCAUUCAACGAUAUCUCUCCUCAAGCGCCAGUGCAUUUCUUGGUGAUUCCUAAACGCAGGAUAUCAAGGCUUCAAGACGCUGCUGAUGGUGACAAAGAGCUCCUUGGCCAUUUGAUGUUAGUGGCUCGCUUGCUUGGGGCUCAGCGCGCACCAUCCGGUUGGCGACUGGUGGUUAACAACGGUCGUGAUGGAGCACAGUCGGUAUACCACGUGCAUUUGCACGUGUUGGGCGGCAGGCAGAUGGGAUGGCCGCCCGGUUAAAGUUGAUACUUUAACGAAUAAUUUUGAUACUUGCGUUGGUAGUUCGAAAAUGUAUAUACCAUUUGUACAAUGAAUGAUGCUGUUUGAGCGAAAUGAAUUUAUAGUUUUCGAACUACCAUCGUUUUCACAAAACUAAAAGUGGGUAAAUGGAAUAAGAUUUUCGUAAAUAAUGUUAGGCUUGAUAGAUUCAAAUAAACUAAAGAACAAUACUUUACAAUCAAAUAAAAUUAUUUUAAUUCUUAAACUGCUUCAGUUUGGUAAAAAAAUAUGACUCUGUGACUAUAUCUACUUGGGUCUUUUUUAAGUUUUACUGUAAAUAAAAAAGACGCUUUAAGUUUCGUUGGAUUGUUUAAUGUAUCGUUUCACUGUCUUAGCUAUGAUUUCCAUAGUUUUGUAUUAGUCGAUGCAAUAUAAGUUCUAUUAAAAGAACAAAGGAACACACUAUAUUUUACAAUCGAUUCUCGGUAUGAUACUUAAGAAAUGAAAUUUAUUCACCUAAAAAAUAGAAUUCAUAUUUGCCAAUGCACGUGUUAGAGUUGUUUUCUGCGCGACAACGUGAACAAUAGUGCCCAUGUUUAUGCUAUUUUUGGUAAGUUUCUUGUAAGUGCAAUAAAUGGCCAAAUUAGCUUUUAAGAUAUUUCAAGUUUUAUAUAAUACGCGGCGGUUACGUAAUUGUGUGGCGGUAAUAACCACAGUUUGAAGCUAUAGCUAUUUUAAUAUGUAUAGGAAAUGUUUCUGAUAAACAUAUCACGUUUUUUGUGCUCAUUUAGAUAGGUGCCAUUUUUUAUUAUUGAAUUAGAUCACAUCAACACAAUAGAAAAUUAGAAUUCAAAUGAAUUCUGGUUAUAUCGAACCAGUUCCGAAAUUGUCUUUGUUCGGCGACCGUGCAAUUUAUUUAUUUUACAUAAUUAAUAUUAAUGUAGAUAAAUUCUUUGAAAUAAUAUUGAAACAUUAUUAUGAAUGCGUAAUUAAUUUAUAAUAAUAUGCAACACAUACAGCUAAUCAUAAUAUAUCAAAGUCCUGCAAUUAAAUAUGCCCUUUAAGCCUAUCACUGUAAGAUUCGAAAUCAUUUGGGGUGAUUUGGCAGUUGUGGAUGAUAUGAUCUUAGUAGUCGACUGUAUUAAUUCUUAAUAUUAUUAAUAGUAGUUUUUCCAAUCACAAAUAAAAUAAAAAUUUACCUACAUAAUUGAAGAUCUUUGGUUUAAUGGUUAUAUAUAAUUAUAAAAGUGUUCUACUCUAGAAUCUCAUUGUUAAACUCUGCCAAACUUUGAAUAACAUAUCGAAUCUAGUCUGAAAAAAAUAUUCUCUUUAUUAUAAGCAACAAACUGUGGCGUUACUUUGUACUACACAAUUUAAUAACUCAUUUACUUAUAAAAUGCUGAAAAUAUGUUUAAGUAUUGUUUAAGGGAGUAUCAUAAAUAUUAAAUAAAGGUAUAUUUGCAAAAUUUUGUUUAAAAACAGAGCAAUGAUUGCCAUUGAAUUAAUGUUUAAUAAGAGGAAUCAGUUUAUCUUAUGUUUAUUUUGUUAAGCAUACCUACCUAUACAGUAUUAUUAAUAAACAAAGUUAAUAAGCGUAAAUUUACUCCAACGCUAGGAGUAAAUUUACGCUGAGACUGCACUUAGUAUUAUCCAAAAUGAUUAUUAUUAAACAGAGACUUAGCAAAGGUUAUCCAAGUACUACUACGGGAGUAAUAUUUACACCUAGAAGGUCGUAAGUUGGCUCAUUCUCUGUAUAAUAUGAAUUUGGACUAAUACUAAAAUUCCAAGUUUAGCGUAAAUUUACUGUGACUUUAAAACUUGUUUAUUAAUAGCACUGAUAAGGUUUCUUUUUCUUUUAUUAUACGUAAGUAAAGUAUACUAUUAAUUUCUUUUCAAAAAUUUUGUUUUGCACUACAGUAAAACCCGACUAAUGUAACGUGUGAUGAAUAUUCGUUUGCGCAAGCCACGCCUACUAAUUCCAGUGAGAACCGGACGUAGGUAUAAUCAAAAUUUAUAAUCAGUCUAUUUCUAAUGAUCAUAAGGUGUAAAGUACAAUGCAUUUAGUUUCUUAGUUAUUCUCGGCGGGCGCACGCUAUUUAAAAUCUGAUUAGUCCGAUUAUUAGAUUUCUACACAGGUACAUCCUAAAGUCAUAUUAGAAGUGUUUUACUGUGAUUAUUCAAACCUGUUUAAACAACGCUUCAUGCCAAAUUAUUCUAAAGCAGUUUUCUUAAUAUAGAAAGUAGGCAUUAAUUUGGUAAUGGUUUUUAGGUUAUGUUUGUAAGCAAUUUUAGUUUUCCUCAAAUAUUGUAAAAUUUGUUCUAUAAUAUUUUAAAAAUUGCGCGUAUCCGUUAUAGUACAAACAAAAAGAGUAUGUUACUUUGAAUGUAAUAGAUUUUUAUUGAUAAUAGUGCCAUUUUCAUAAAAACAGUUAUUUUUUUUCUCUGUACCCAAAAUACUGCGCUGUGCAAAUAGCUAUGUGAUGGUGGCAAUUCUGUUGCAUAAACUAGCCUAAAAAUGAAUGUUUUAAUCCUAUCCAACGAUGUUUUCAAUUCACUUAAUAAGUAAGAUAAAAUAAAACGGUAAUAAACAUAUUAUAUUACAGUGUACAGGAGUAAAAAAUUUUUUUUUAUUUUAAUUAAAACAGAAAUAGUUAAGAUGGUGGUGCAUCAUAAUUGUCACCAAUAUAUGCAAUUAAAAUUUAUCUGUGUUGCGGAUCGUUUUGCACAUCGUGGUUUCUUAAUUAUCUGAUAAAAUAGACUCGCUUAUUAUUAUAUCGAUUAACAUAAUAAACGAAUUAAUUAAUAUUUAUUGAAAAUAUCUUCAACAUAUAAAGAUUGCGCUAGAAAAAACUAUAGGAGUUAAGCUGCAGUUUUUUUCUUGUUCAAUUAUUGUGUAAUGAUUCGUUUGCCAUAUAUUACUAGGUAAACUUGUUAAAUAUUAUUUAUACAUACUAUUGUAAUGUGCAGAUAAAAUUACCUAGGUUGAUUAAAAAUUCGUUGUGUACAUUAGCACACCAAGGGAGUCUCGUUAUUAGUCCAUAAAGGCAGUACAAACGCAAGCAUUUCAUUAAUUAUUCAAUUAUCCAAGAGAAGGAAAGACCGUCUGCAUGUAAGCGGAAACUUCCCUCCGUUCGAAGGAGAAAGAAAAUCGCAUUACCGUACCUGUCUGCAGACGCGUGCUCAGUGAAGGACAGUUAUAAACCGUCGAAUAGUUCUGCUAAGCUAGAAAAUAGGGACAGACUCGGUAAAUCUAUCCUCUCUCUCUCUGACUGGACUCCUGACUUCCCGGCUCUAUUUAGACACCUCUAUGGUCUCGAUUUAAGAGCUAAUUAGAGACCCCUAGGUGUGGAUUGACGAAUGCGCUCAUGUUCUUUUGCUUUUAUUUUAAUGUUUAAAGCAAUAAUGAAAUAUGGUGCUAGUCAUUAAAUCGUUAAGAAUUUAAUGUCAUUUUAAAUUCUGUAACCAAAGUUUUAUUAAAUGAUUUAUUA